CAGCCAUUUCUAUUCGUCUCCAUUUUGCUCUCGCACUCGCUCGUUCUCUCUCACGCAGGGCAGCUUCCCAGAUCUGCCCAACUUCACCUUUGUCAUAAACCAUCUGUGAUAAGAGAUGGGGCUGUCUUUCACCAAGCUUUUCAGCCGGCUUUUUGCCAAGAAGGAGAUGAGAAUUCUUAUGGUGGGUCUUGAUGCGGCGGGUAAGACCACUAUUUUGUACAAGCUCAAGCUGGGAGAGAUUGUGACCACCAUUCCCACCAUUGGUUUCAAUGUGGAGACUGUGGAAUACAAGAACAUUAGCUUCACUGUCUGGGAUGUUGGGGGCCAGGACAAGAUUCGGCCUUUGUGGAGACAUUACUUCCAAAACACUCAGGGCCUUAUCUUCGUGGUUGAUAGCAAUGACCGUGACCGUGUGGUUGAGGCCAGGGAUGAACUUCACCGGAUGUUGAAUGAGGAUGAAUUGAGGGAUGCUGUGCUGCUUGUAUUUGCAAACAAGCAGGAUCUUCCAAAUGCUAUGAAUGCUGCUGAGAUUACUGAUAAGCUUGGUCUUCACUCCCUCCGCCAACGCCACUGGUACAUCCAGAGCACGUGUGCCACUUCAGGGGAAGGGCUCUAUGAGGGUCUAGACUGGCUUUCCAACAAUAUUGCUAACAAGGCUUAGGAGAUCGAUCCGUUAUUAUUCAGCAACUUUUUGGGCUGCAAUCUCUGUCAAA